AGUUGAUGUUCCAGAGCUGAAAAACGCACAAUUGAACAUCUUACCUCUUUGACAAGCAAGCAUCAAAACGCAUCAAACAAAUGCAGUCCGUCCUCUCAGAAACAUAGCAUGACAAUGAGAACUUCUUCUAUGAAGAAGAACUGAAAGAUUAAAUACUUUUGUUGCUAUUUUUGGGAUCAGUUGAAAUUGUCUGUGCUACUACUGGAUGCCUUUUGGGUGCUUUUUGGAUCUAACUGAACAGAGAAGGGCUUGGAGAGGUGAUAGAGACCUUGCUUUUGCCAGUUCACUUGAAACCAUUGGUGGAGGGCUUGAUGAUCCAUUUCUGUUAUGGAGGCAGUAUUUUGUUGACAUGGAUGAUACU